AUUGUCCACACGUCCCUUUCCUCGAGUUCUGGAAUUCCCAAAUGGUCAAAGGGCUAAAGCCAAUAAGCCAUACAUCUACCUCAAGUCUUUCACAACGAGAGUGGCCGACAGCGCAACAUCAAUUUUCUACUUCAUUACCAGAGAAAGAAAAACAAAGAUUGGCGAAUACAAUAAGAAAAUCGUUCGAAUGGAAUCUCCAACGGCCGUUUCCUGCGAGAAUCUCCCCACUUUCCUAUCCUCUUUCGCCGACACAUUCGUCGAUUUCUCCGUCAGCGGGGGCCUCUUUUUGCCCCCUGUUCCGCCGCAAUUGAGCCCACCCCUGAUGCCGUACGCCAACUCGAACUUCAGUUCCGACGCAUUGCCGCGGCUGCAGACCGUAUUCCAAGCACCGGCCCGUCUCAUCGCGGUGGGCGACCUCCACGGCGAUCUUCAGAAGACGAAGCAGGCGUUCCGCCUCUCCGGGCUCAUUGACGACCAAGAACGGUGGUGCGGCGGUUCCGCCACGGUUGUUCAGGUCGGGGAUGUACUCGACCGCGGCGGGGAGGAGCUGAAGAUUCUGUUUUUUCUCGAGAAGUUGAAAAGGGAAGCGGCUAAGGCCGGUGGUGGUGUGAUCAGGAUGAACGGUAAUCACGAGAUCAUGAAUGUAUUUGGUGAUUUUCGAUACGUGACGAAAGACGGGCUUAAGGAAUUUGAGGGUUGGGCUUUCUGGCACUCGGUGGGGGAUGCUUUGAAGAAGAUGUGUGAAGGUGUAGGGGAAAUUAAGGACCCCUUUGAUGGGGUGCCUCUUCAAUUUCCUGGUCUGAAACCCGAGUUCUUUGCAGGAAUUAGGGCACGUGUGGCAGCAUUGAGGCCUAGUGGACCGAUUGCUACUAGGUUUUUAUCGCAAAACCAGACUGUGGUUGUGGUGGGGGAUUCGGUUUUCGCCCAUGGCGGACUCUUGCCCAUACACGUGGAUUACGGAUUAGAGAAGCUGAAUGAAGAAGUAAGUGAUUGGAUUUCGGGGGCGAGGGAUUCGGUUUGGAGGGAGUUGGUCGUGGGGAGAAAUUCAAUUGUUUGGUUGAGGAAGUUUUCGAAUGAGCUGGCGAAAGAUUGUGACUGUUCAGCCCUUGAGCAUGUGCUGGCGACAAUCCCCGGUGUGAAGAGGAUGAUAAUGGGACAUACCAUUCAGGAGAGUGGGAUUAAUGGGGUUUGUAAGAACCAGGCUAUAAGGAUUGAUGUUGGUAUGUCCAAAGGGUGUGUCAAUGGAUUACCAGAAGUCUUAGAGAUAGAUAGGCAGUCAAGAAUAAGGGUUCUGACAUCAAAUCCUAUGUAUCAAGAUAGAAAAGAUGUAGAUGGCUUGAUUAUGCUUCCUCCACAGGUGGGGAGGCAAGUAGAGGUUAAUGCCUGAAUUCUUACUUUGUUACUAUCUUGGACUUCUCUUCUUGUGGAUACUUUGUUGCUAUCUUGGAGUUCUCUCUUCUUGUGGAUUCUUGUUGGAUACUUUAGGUCUACCACACACGAUUUAUUAACAUAUGAUUGUAAUCUAGAAUAAGCGAUUUCUGUUUCAAAUUUUGUAAUAACCGAACCGUUGUCUUAAACCUCUACUUCCCAUUCCAUAGGUGCUAUGCAAUUCCAGUUAAGAAACUGGCAGUAUCAAUUCCAUGAAUGGAAACCAAUCUAAUCUGCCUUGUUUUUUCAUUUUCAAGAGAUCCAUUUGUAUCUAUACUGCUUUCAAUCAUGUGAUAUGCACUCACGCAAUCU